AUGCAGCAGCGCGGGUGGACCGACGAAGACCCUCGCCUGACGAGCGUCGCAGUGAGGAGGAUUUUGAAGAGUCGAGGGAAGAAGGGCUUCGGCAAUGCCAGAGAGGUGCGAAAGAAGAUCGAAACGGCCACAGCUGUUGCCAUGAGCCGGGAGGACUUUGAGCCAUCGAGCAUGAUUCUUCGCUUUGCUGACGUGGUUGGAGAGGACCCUCGCGGUAACGCCAAAUUGAAGACUGUUCUGGAUAAAAUGGAGAAGAAGAUCGGCUGGAAGAAGAUAAAAGAGGCCGUUAAGGAGCUCAUUACUGUGUGCGGCACCAACUAUCAGCGUGAACUUGACGGUCAAGCUCCGCUACCCGUUUUCCUGAAUCGGCUUUUUCUGGGAAAUCCUGGCACAGGCAAAACCACCUGCGCCAGCAUGUAUGGAGAAAUAUUGAAGCACUUGGGCUUUUUGACUUCUGGCGAAGUGGUCUUCAAGACUGCUGGUGACAUGGGUGGUGCAGUUGUCGGAGAAGCGCAGCAAAAGGUCCUCAGCAUUCUUCAGUCGGCUGCAGGGAAAGUCCUGGUCAUUGACGAGGCUUAUAACUUGGAUGAUAACCUCUAUGGCAAGCAGGUGUUGGAUGUGUUGGUGGAGAAGAUCCAAGGAACGGAGAAUGAUGACAUCGCGGUCUUGCUGCUGGGCUAUGAGGAACCCAUGUCGGCAAUGCUGCGAAAUCAGAACCCUGGAUUGGCAAGGCGAUUUCCCUUAGAGAUGGCGUUCCGAUUCGAAGACUACAAUGACCAGGAGCUAAUGGAAAUCUUGCGCUUAAACUGCAAGCAGAAAGAUCUGAAGCCAAGCAUCGAAUUUCAAGAGAAGGCUCUGAGGAAGCUUGGAAUGCUCCGCCAGAGUUCUGCAAACUUUGGCAACGCCGGGGCGGUGGAAAAUCUCUUGAAGUCGGCAAUGCUCAAGGCAUCGGCUCAAGGCAACGGACUUGCCUUGCAACCGGAUGACAUCGACGUUGGGCCAGAGGCCGACCUUCACGAGGACCCCUUCGCUCCCCUUGACAAGCUCUAUCGAAUGGAAACCGUGAAGCAGAAGCUCCAACAGCUCAGCAAUGCUUUCACGGUGGCACAGCAGGAGGGCUCGGAGUUGCCUGAGCUGGGUCACUUCGUCUUCACCGGGGCGCCUGGCACUGGGAAGACUACAGUGGCACGUGUUAUGGCCAGGAUUCUGUUCCAGCUUCGCCUUCUUGGAAGUGAGAACGUACAAGAAACCUCGGGGCUGAACCUGACUGGCGAGUAUGUGGGGCAAACGAAAAAGAAGGUGGAAGAGAAGCUGGACGCGGCCAAAGGUGGCGUUCUCUUCAUUGAUGAGGCUUAUGAACUGGGCAAAGGGCGCUUCGGUGCAGAGGCCUGUACAGCCAUUGUGGCGGCCAUGACAGAUCCGAAGUACAAAGGCUCGAGUCUCUCGGAAGAGUGCUUUGGAAGAAAAGACAGAGCGCUUUAG